AUGCUGAAGUUUGUUGUUGCUACUUGCCUCGUUGCUGCGGCUUUUGCUGCCAAGUGUGAAUCGCCAAAGCAUUCCGCUUCUACUUUCUCAACGACUGAUGGCUUCUUCCACUACAAGACCACAUUUAUUAACGAGUUCACCAUUCAAUGCAGUAACAAUCCAUCUCGCAUUCAAUAUUUCGCUGAGGUCAACGGAAGAUUGAUCCCAGUUGGAUUCAAUGACGAGACCAACAAGUACACCGUUUCAUGGACCCUUGAUCACGACCAGGCCUCUUCCCAAACUUUCCAAAUCAAUGUCUAUGAUGAGGAAGGAGCUGCCAAGUUUGCCAAGGAUGCCUCGACUAAGCCACUCUUCACCGUCACCCACAACCAUCCGGGACUCACAAAGAAAUCUCCAAUUUCGUCUGAAACUUUCGCCGUCAUUUUAUCUGUUAUCGGACUUUACUACGCUAUUCGUCAAAAGACCGAGCUCGUCCACUAA